CCCAAAGGUGGAGAGUGGGAUUUGGGCCGGCGGCGCUUGGAGCAGGUGAAGAAGCAUUUUCAUUCCGGCUGUGGCUGCUGUUCUUUCUUCAAACGUGGGUCCGAGUCAGGAAAGGACAAGCGUUCUUUCUUUUGCCGCUAGAGCUCCAGUGAGCUGCUGCCCAGAACCUAGGCACUUCAUACAUUUCAUCUCACCCAUUAUUCCGCGUUCACUGUGUAAAUCACCCGCACAUGUGUAACCCCGUGAAUGCCCCUCUGCUCAGUGCUCAGAGAAGGGUAGAAAGCGAAUUUCAAAGGUUUGAAAGGCAGACAGGCCUCCGCCGACCGCGGGGAGCUGUCUAUGGUGCUGAAGCUUUCCAAGCGUUUGUCUCCACCACGACACGGAGUUAGAUUGCAUAUUUUCAUUCCAGGCUUUCUCGUUCCCCCAUGCCUUGGAUAAGACUAAUUUCAGGAUCGUGAAUAUCUCUCCGUAUCAUGGCCCACGUGAGACACUUUCGGACAUUAGUUUCGGGAUUUUAUUUCUGGGAAGCAGCACUGUUACUCAGUUUGGUUGCAACAAAGGAAACAAAUAGCGCAAGAUCUAGAAGUGCUCCAAUGUCACCUUCUGACUUCCUGGAUAAAUUAAUGGGGAGGACAUCAGGAUAUGAUGCAAGAAUCAGACCCAAUUUUAAAGGUCCUCCAGUUAAUGUCACAUGCAACAUAUUCAUAAACAGCUUUGGCUCUAUUGCUGAGACAACCAUGGAUUACAGAGUGAAUAUCUUUCUUCGUCAGAAAUGGAACGACCCUCGCCUUGCAUAUAGUGAAUAUCCGGAUGACUCUUUAGACCUAGAUCCUUCCAUGUUGGACUCCAUUUGGAAACCUGACCUGUUCUUUGCCAAUGAAAAGGGUGCCAACUUUCACGAAGUUACUACAGACAACAAACUGUUAAGAAUUUUCAAGAAUGGAAAUGUUCUUUAUUCAAUAAGAUUGACAUUAACACUUUCCUGUCCAAUGGAUCUCAAGAAUUUUCCGAUGGAUGUGCAAACGUGCAUAAUGCAACUGGAGAGUUGUUCACCAAAAAGGACUAAACCGACAUACAUAUUACCAAGUGAAAGAAGCCGAUCUACAAAGGCUACUUCCUACUCCGACUACAUGUACAAAAGGCAUAUUAGCCCUCCCAUGUUUAUUGCAGCACCACUCGAAAUAGCCAAGUCAGGAAAGUUUACAUGUAUAGAAGUGCGAUUCCAUCUUGAACGACAAAUGGGAUACUAUCUGAUCCAGAUGUAUAUUCCCAGUCUCCUGAUUGUUAUUCUGUCGUGGGUUUCAUUCUGGAUCAAUAUGGACGCUGCUCCGGCCAGGGUAGCUUUGGGAAUAACUACUGUGCUGACUAUGACCACACAGAGUUCAGGAUCCCGAGCUUCCUUACCAAAGGUAUCAUAUGUCAAAGCUAUUGACAUUUGGAUGGCAGUGUGCCUCCUUUUUGUGUUUGCAGCACUUCUGGAAUAUGCAGCUGUAAAUUUUGUAUCAAGACAACACAAAGAACUUCUGAGAUUUCGACGAAAGAGAAAGAAUAAGACAGAAGCUUUUGCACUGGAGAAGUUUUACCGUUUCUCAGACACGGAUGAUGAGGUAAGGGAAAGCCGAUUCAGCUUCACUGCCUAUGGCAUGGGGCCGUGUCUGCAAGCAAAAGAGAGUGUGACCCCCAAGGGCCCAAACCGUCCUGUCCAGGUAAUGCCAGAAAGCCCUGAUGAAAUGAGGAAGAUCUUCAUCGACCGGGCCAAGAAGAUUGACACCAUCUCCCGAGCCUGCUUCCCACUAGCCUUUUUGAUUUUUAAUAUUUUCUACUGGGUUAUCUAUAAAAUCCUUAGGCAUGAGGAUAUACAUCAGCAAUGAGAUUAAGUCUCCGGGGUCAUGCAAGUGCCAACAGUCAAUUCGAAUGAAAGUGUUUUCGCCAUAAGGGUGUGUGUGUGUGUGUGUGUGUGUGUGUGUGUGUGUGUGUGUGUGUGUGUGUUGUACAAAUGAUGACCAUUGUAUUAAAAUGCAUAGAGGAAGGGAUUAUUAUGAUUUGCUAUGCAAAGUCAUUGAGGCAAGUUAAGAUUCUUUUAAUGGAUACCAAAUAUAUAUUUAUGUAUUAUAGACAUUCUAUUUCAUAUUGAUUUAUCGGCUCUUUCAUAGUAAAUCACAUUAGUGGAAGUAUCACUGCCAAUGUGUUUGUACGUUAUAUAAUGUCACAUAAUAGCACACGUGAAAACUACUUUGGAUUUCUUGAUUUUUAAUUUCGUAAUAAUCUUACAAAGUAAAAUUUUCACAGUGAACUUUAUACAAAGAGAAAAGGGAAAUGUUGAAGAUAAAUUAGUA